GCGGGGCCCGCCCCCUGCGCCCACCAUGUACGCCUUUGUGCGGUUCCUGGAGGACAACGUCUGCUACGCGCUGCCCGUGUCGUGCGUGCGCGACUUCAGCCCCCGCUCGCGGCUGGAUUUUGACAACCAGAAGGUGUACGCCGUGUACCGGGGCCCGGAGGAGCUGGGCGCUGGGCCCGAGAGCCCCCCGCGCGCCCCCCGCGACUGGGGCGCGCUGCUGCUCCACAAGGCCCAGAUCCUGGCGCUGGCAGAAGACAAAUCUGACCUUGAAAACAGUGUGAUGCAGAAGAAAAUAAAAAUCCCCAAACUUUCUGUCAAUCUCGUAGAAGAAGAUGGGGAAGUUAAAGAUUAUGGGGAAGAAGAUUUACAGCUUAGACACAUCAAGAGACCCGAGGGGCGGAAGCCGAGCGAAGUGGCGCACAAGAGCAUCGAGGCAGUGGUGGCCCGGCUAGAGAAGCAGAACGGCCUGAGCCUGGGCCCCGGCACGUGCCCGGAGGAGGUGUUCGUGGAGGCCUCGCCGGGCGUGGGGGACAUGGACAGUCUGGAAGACGCCGGCGUGCCCCGGGCUCUGUACGAGGAGCUGCUGCGCAACUACCAGCAACAGCAGGAGGAGAUGCGCCACCUCCAGCAGGAGCUGGAGCGGACUCGGAGGCAGCUGGUGCAGCAGGCCAAGAAGCUCAAGGAGUACGGGGCGCUCGUGGCUGAGAUGAAGGAGCUCCGUGACCUCAACCGCAGGCUGCAGGACGUGCUGCUCCUGAGGCUGGGCAGUGGUCCCGCCAUUGACUUGGAAAAAGUAAAGUCAGAAUGUCUCGAGCCCGAGCCGGAGUUACGGAGCACUUUCAGUGAGGAAGCAAAUACGUCGUCCUAUUACCCCGCUCCUGCACCUGUCAUGGACAAGUAUAUCCUAGACAAUGGCAAGGUCCAUCUGGGAAGCGGGAUUUGGGUUGAUGAGGAGAAAUGGCACCAGCUGCAAGUCACCCAAGGAGAUUCCAAGUACACGAAGAACUUGGCAGUCAUGAUUUGGGGAACAGAUGUUCUGAAGAACAGAAGCGUCACAGGAGUUGCCACAAAAAAAAAGAAAGAUGCAGUCCCUAAGCCACCCCUCUCGCCCCACAAACUAAGCAUCGUCAGAGAGUGUUUGUACGACAGAAUAGCACAAGAAACUGUGGAUGAAACUGAAAUUGCACAGAGACUCUCCAAAGUCAACAAGUACAUCUGUGAAAAAAUCAUGGAUAUCAAUAAAUCCUGUAAAAAUGAAGAACGAAGGGAAGCAAAAUACAAUUUGCAAUAAACUUUGGAUUUUUCAUAAAGCCUUCUCGUUUUCCUUGCUUGGCGUUGUGAUUUGCGGGCGAUGGUGUUGUCCAGAUCAGACCCCACCAUGCAUGGUGGUGUGUGGGCCAGGAGCCAGUAGGGUUCUGGGGUCAGCCGGCCUGUUCUGAACUUGGACUUCUCACUCCAAAGACCGCAGAUGGAUUUGCUGAGAUUCAGGCAGCAACCUGGCACCAGAGUUGUUCCAGGGAUGGUGAAAAUCCUGUCCUUUCGGAAGGGGAUGAAGUGACUCUGAGUUGCCUAUCACUCGGCCAAGAAUUUGAGCUGAUAUUUUUACCAUUCAAGGACUUCUAUCUUUGUUCCUCUAUUUUGUUCUAUAAUA